UGCGUCUUCUCGCGAUACUAUACUAGAUAUUGAGCACGUCUUGGUAGCUGUAACUGUCCCAUAACAUCGCUCACAUAGUUGCAGCCUGAGACACUAUUAGUAGGAGGCAAAAACAGCAACACACAACAGCCGUGAUAUUUGUAUCGUCACGUUUCCUUGUAACUUUGCUCCGAAUAAUAUAAUUGGAACUUGACUAUCUAUAGCCGGCGCUUUUCUGUGGAAUAAGGGAAAAUGUCCUUGUCUGGCUGGGUGUGUUUGGUAACUGGUGCCUCCAGAGGCAUUGGCCGGGGCAUUGCCCUCCAGCUGUCCGAGGCAGGAGCCACUGUCUACAUCACAGGGCGGCAGGAGGAGACUCUGAAACAAACCGCUGCACAGGUUAAGGAGAGGGGUGGAGACUGUGUGCCGGUAAUCUGCGAUUCCACGAAUGACAAAGAAAUUGAAGACCUGUUCGAGCGGAUCAAACGUGAGCAGAAUGGCAGGCUGGAUAUCCUGGUCAACAAUGCCUACGCUGGAGUGCAGGCUAUCUUUGGGAACAUGGGGAAGAAAUUUUGGGAAACCGAUCCAACCAUUUGGGAUUCCAUAAACAAUACAGGCCUCAGAGGACACUAUUUCUUCUCAGUUCAUGCAUCCCGGAUGAUGGUGGCUCGAGGUCAGGGUUUGAUCGUCACCAUUUCUUCUAUGGGGGGACUGCGGUAUCUAUUCAAUGUGCCAUACGGUGUCGGUAAAGCAGCAUGUGACAGGCUGGCAGCAGACAUGGCUGUUGAGCUGAAAAGAAGGGGAGUAGCUUCUGUCAGUCUGUGGCCCGGAGCGGUUCAAACAGAGUUGAUUUCUCAGCUCGUAUUGGAGAAAGGAACCCUAGAGGGUGAAGAAUCCAAGAUGAAAGAUGUAUUUACCAACGGGGAAACUACAGAACUGAGUGGGAUGUGCAUUGUCAACCUGGCAAAAGAUAAAAACCUGAUGUCGCUGAGUGGGAAAGUACUCCUCACUUGUGACCUGGCAAGACGCUAUGGGUUUCAAGAUGUUGAUGGGCGGAGUGUAACUGAUUACACUUCCCUAAAAUUCCUCCUGACCCAGGUCCCAUAUCUCUCCUGGCUGUCAGUCGUUACGCCUUCAUUCCUACGCCUGCCACGCUUUGUGCUCACCCUGGCUAGUAACCGGUUCUAAACAUUUCCUAUAUCUGCACUAAAGAUGCAGUAUAAUGUUUCCACUACAAACAACUGACAACCGACAACAAUAUUUUUGAAGGAGUUUUUUCUAAUCACUAGGUAGAAAUAUACAUGAACUCUUAAUUGAUUAUGUAAUGAAGGCAUUUAUAUGACGUUUGAGGUAGAUAUGAAGGAUACUCAAUUAACACUAUUUUCAACUUUGGGGAAGGCAAAAAAUCCAAUAAAUGUGAAAUCAUUAUCAUUUCUAAGUAUGUAUUUUAUUAUGCAAAGGUAUACAAUUCCCAACUAUCUAAAGAUGAUAUCUACUAUAUACAACUAUAAAUGUCUUGUUUUUAUACUGACACGCACAUAUUUUGUAGCAUUUGAUUUAAAUUCAAUGUUUAUUCAUUUAACACUACUUUUAUUAAUAAACAUAUUUGACCAACUAA